AAAAAAAAAGAGUUCCCAUCAUCCCCAUUGUCUUUUCGGGAGAAAGUCACGCUGCCUAAAAGCACACAAUUACUCCAUAUGGUACAAGCCCAGACCCCAGUGGACAUAGAGCAUUACGAGAGAGGAAGAGUGGCAACAGUAAUGGGAUCUGAGACAGAUUCAGAGCUAAGCUCCACACCAAGAUUGCCAUUAUUCUUGAACCCACAUGCACAUGCAUCUGCUCAGUCACCACAGAGGUCAGGGACGCUAACCCCACCACUCUACACCUCAGCUUCUGUCCCAUUUCGGUGGGAGGAAGAGCCCGGAAAGCCCAGAGGCUGCACUGCUCUCUCCAACACCAGUGACUGUAGCCCCAAGUGCCUAGAGCUACCUCCAAGGUUGCUCUUGGAUGCCAGUGUUAGCAAGCUGCCCUCACCGACUACAGUCUUGGAGGGACCUUAUAUGAGCAAGCAAAAGUUUCAGUCUUUUUCGUUUAGAAUGAUCAGAAGGGAGCGUUAUGGGUCGUUUCGCAGGAGUUGUAGUCCUGAGAGAGGGGAGCUUAGUUCCAUGGUCCUUAGGAAGAGAGGAGUGCAAGAUGGAGGAGUUUUGGGUUCCUGGCGUUGGGGAAGGAGAGCCUUCACGGGUAAAAGAGAGGUUGGUGGGGCUAGCUAUGUCUUUCCGUCGACGUCCAUGGAUAGAGAGCUUGUUGGUAGCAACGAAGAAGAAGAGAGAAGUAGCAAGAACGUCAAGCUUACAAGGAUCAGAAGAUCGGACAGCCUUUCCACUCAUGCCAGGUCUCAUUUCUGGGCGACUAUUUAUGAUGGUUUGAAGCAGGUAAUUCCAUGGAGGAGCAAAAAACUAAAGAAAGAUAAGUUUGUUAUCUGACUUUUCUUUGGGGAACAAGACGACGCCUCACUAAAUUAUUACCUGGAAACCGCAAUGGUCCUGUGCCGUCUAUAUCUCUCAUAUGCGUUUUGUGGUCACAUUUCUCAGCACUCGUCACUACUUGGCCUACCGUUUCGGCAGCGCCUUGUCGGUUAUUGCUGCGUCGUUGAUCUAUGGAUGCAAUUUAUGGCCACGACUGUUGGGCCCUCUGUAGACACGUGGUUAGCUGGUGAUGCAAUAAUGAAUAAUCAAGUCAUAGCCAGUAAAAUGUCUGUAGAAAUUAAUAUGGGAUAACACAAUCCCUAGCUUUCUUUCAUUUCUUUUUUUUAAAUAUAAGGCAAUAGAGAUCUAGAAAAAUAAAAUUUAAGACUUUUUAAAUUUAUUUUAAUAUAUUUAUUAUUAAAUUAAGUUUGAGAGUGUCUUCGAAUAUAAUGUUGAAUUAGCUUACUGAAAAUUGUAACAGUUGACUGAAUGUUCGUGAUAUGAAAUUUCCAGGUUUGAGCUUUUUCAA